CUCCCACUUUACCAUUCGUCAAGUUAUUUAGCCGAAAAAUGGGAAUUUUAUUUAGCGAAGAUCCUAUCCUUUAAAUAUAUUCUUGAUUAGCUUCGUGAGUAUUUGUAUUCUGUCAUUUUUAGGUCAAACGCUUGUGUUUUAUUUUUUAAAUUUUUAACCGGAACCUAUUGUUGUUGGUUUUGUUGGGUCGAGGCAGAGCUGUCAUACUAAGCUAGCUAGCUAACGUACUAGCCAUUGUUUUGUCAUGUCAAGAACAGUCGGUCCCCUCACAACACAGGGCUGGUAACGAGUUCAUAUCUUCACAUAUCCGCCUGUGGGUCAGAGGAUAGAAGUCUGGGUGGAGAGCACAAGAGUGAGAUGAAAUGACAACGUCAACAUUACAGAAAGCGAUUGAUCUUGUGACCAAAGCCACAGAGGAAGACAAGGCAAAGAAUUAUGAGGAGGCCUUGCGACUGUACCAGCAUGCUGUGGAAUAUUUCCUACAUGCUAUCAAAUAUGAGGCCCACAGCGACAAGGCAAAGGAGAGUAUACGAGCAAAGUGUAUGCAGUACCUGGACCGAGCGGAAAAACUUAAAGACUAUCUGAAAAAUAAAGACAAACAGGGCAAGAAGCCUGUCAAGGAAGCCCAGAGCAAUGACAAGAGUGAUAGUGACAGCGAGGGUGAAAAUCCAGAGAAGAAGAAACUGCAGGAGCAACUUAUGGGUGCCAUUGUAAUGGAGAAGCCCAAUGUCAGGUGGAACGAUGUGGCUGGACUGGAGGGAGCUAAGGAAGCUCUGAAGGAAGCUGUCAUCCUGCCCAUCAAAUUCCCUCACCUCUUUACAGGCAAGCGGACUCCGUGGAGAGGCAUCCUGCUGUUUGGACCCCCAGGGACCGGGAAGUCCUACCUGGCUAAGGCCGUGGCCACCGAGGCCAAUAACUCCACCUUCUUCUCUGUCUCCUCCUCAGACCUCAUGUCCAAGUGGCUGGGAGAGAGCGAGAAGCUGGUGAAGAACUUAUUUGACCUGGCUCGCCAGCACAAACCCUCAAUCAUCUUCAUCGAUGAGGUGGACUCGCUGUGCGGCUCCAGGAACGAGAACGAGAGUGAGGCCGCCCGCCGCAUCAAGACCGAGUUCUUGGUCCAGAUGCAGGGUGUGGGAAACAACAACGAUGGCAUUCUGGUGCUGGGGGCCACCAACAUCCCCUGGGUGCUCGACGCCGCCAUCCGCAGAAGAUUUGAGAAGCGUAUCUACAUCCCUCUGCCGGAGGAGCCAGCUCGGGCUCAGAUGUUUCGUCUUCAUCUGGGCAACACGCCACGUAGCCUGAGCGAGGCUGACCUGCGGCAGCUCGCCCACAAAACGGACGGCUACUCCGGCGCCGACAUCAGUAUCAUCGUCCGGACCGCUCUCAUGCAGCCUGUUAGGAAGGUCCAGUCUGCCACCCACUUCAAAAAGGUUCGUGGUCCAUCCCGAAGCAACAACCAGUUGAUGGUGGACGACCUCUUGACUCCGUGUUCCCCUGGUGACCCUGGAGCCAUAGAGAUGACUUGGAUGGAUGUGCCGACUGAUAAGCUACUGGAGCCCAUAGUCUGCAUGUCGGACAUGCUGCGCUCUCUGUCCACCACCCGUCCCACAGUCAACACUGAAGAUCUCCUGAAAGUCAAGAAGUUCACAGACGACUUUGGGAUGGAGGGCUGAGAGACGAGAAGGAUCAGACUACUGCUCCCAACAACACUCAUGACCCCCACCACCACAACUACUGCUGUACCAUCCUGUAGGCUUUCUUCUCUCAGCUCACGUCUUGCUUCUACUCAUCCAAGGAGGAAGUUGACCAAAUGCUACAAUAGAAAAUCUUGGUGUGAUUUGGUAGUUGGACAAUAGAGCCCAUGCCUUUCUCCCAUUUCCAGACAAUGUUCCAUUACAAAGUAGCCACUACAGUGUAUUCACUUCGACAACUUUUUUAUCUAACCUGCAUUGACGUGAGGAGAGUAGUGUUUGUCCCUCUCUGAGCCGAUUCUAUCUGACUGAAGGACUGUACUUUUUUUUUUUUUUUUGCCUGUGUGCACUUUGCUUUGAAGGACAGUGACAUUUGAAGAAGAUAGUUCUCCUGCCAGGCAUGCAAGUGUGUGAAUGUAUCUAAGUGUUUUUAUGAAAAUUGUGUGUCUUAAUGUUAAUGUCUAUAAGUUGAGAGUUAAAUUAAUGAAUCAUCACUGCCUCAGUGUUCCUCUACAGCUCUUUGUGUGUCAGCAUCAGGCCUGUUUCUCUGUGCUCGCAGCAGUCUGAGUGAGGCAUUUAUCUUCCAUAUUUACAGUCAAGAGAUGUGCUUGAUUGAGAGCCAAACACCACAUUUCUUCAAUCCAAAAAAACUUGAAAAAUAUGUAUUUCAGUCAUAUCCUGUGAUCUUCCUCAGCAGAUGUUUGCUCACUUGUCAUGGUAUAGUAAAUGUUCCGUUGUUUCUGUCAGGACUUCUCAUCCAUGUUAGCUUGAAAUGUGAGCUUAAAGUUCACACUUGACCAUGGAAACAGCCAUUGUCUGGAGCUUUCGAUUAUAUCGCAUGAUCUUCAUCAUCGCAGUUAUAUACUGUAUGUAUAUAACUUGGUUUUAUGUGAUAUGAUCGAACGCUCAUACACCGUUUUCUCAAAUGCUGUUUCUAAGUUCAAGAAUGAACUUUGAACCUUGGCUCCAGUUGCUCUAUUUAAAUCAGCGCAAAUUAUUUUCUGCACUCCAUUUCCCAGAACACACCUGUCUGAGUGUGAUCCGUACUGUGACGUCUUCCCUCUUGGUUUUAUUGCAGUUUAUGUUGCAGUCUGUUCUGCAGUAAUUUGGGCAAUGCUGAGCAUAAAUACUCUUCCUGUUAAAGAAAAUCAAUCAAGCACAUCUCUUUAAAUUUUAACAUUUUGAUUUGGUUUUGUUUGCCCUUCCAUAAACUGUUCAAGUGUUACAGAACACUAUUUAUACAACUUGACUGACUAUAAUAGUGAUACAGUAUGUUUACACUUAAUUUAUUUCGUUGAUGUUUUAUGAGUGAGCUCAGUAGAAGUACUUUUCUUCUGGGAGGCAAAUAUACACACCAAGUUCUACUCUGAGGCAGACACCACCAUAUUGUUUCAUGUCUGUUCAGGGCUGGCGUUUUCGUUCUCAAACCUAAAUAGUAUCUGUUCUGUUGUCAGCUCAGACAACAAGGAAUGCUAACCCUGCUGGCUAUCAAGAAGUGGGACCACACUGUUAAGUCUCUGUGAGCUUUCUAUCACAGCAGAACCACAGGCUGGUCUGCUGACUCAGUGAUGGGACUAGAUGGGUGAUAGCCCAGUGCUAGUAUCGCUGUGCGGGUUGUGGACAUACAUGUUGGUUCAGUUGGAGUUUAUUUAUUAACGUCUCUGUAAGGGGACUUAACCUGCUGCUGGCCAUGUAACCAUUACUACUAAUUUAACCUGCAUUAAUAAAAACUGACAUUUCAAAUGAAAAAAAA